UUUACGAACCAUUUCCAGUGGUUGAUGCACAAAAUAUUGACAUAAAGUUGGACUGUUUAACAUUUCUUGAGGAAGUAUUUUCAUUGAUAACUCUUUACAGGCUGGGAUUAUUAUAAGUAGACACGGUAAAAGAAAAAUUUUCUCUAUCUUGUUCUUGUAAAGAGAUAGUGAAGAAACAAUUCUGCAAAUCAAUCUGUAGGCGCCAUGUCGGGCCUCGAAGGUGGCAAAAAGAAGCCCCUGAAACAGUCCAAGAAACAGGCCAAGGAGAUGGACGAGGAAGACGAGGCUUUCAAGCAGAAACAGAAAGAGGAGCAGAAGAAACCCGAGGAGCUAAAAGCCAAGGCCACGGGCAAGGGACCCCUGGCCACAGGUGGAAUUAAGAAAUCUGGCAGAAUAAGCUGUUCCUCAUAUCUGAGAUGAUGGUGACCCUCUUCCCUUCAUAUUUAAACAUCUGGAUUCCCUGCCAUAACAUCUUUGCCACCUACAGCUAGAAUGAAGUGUUAUU